AUGGCUACCGCUGAGGUCGACGUCCCAUCCAGUCUCCGGACGGUCCCCGGGUCUGUUAACAUCUCCAUAGCGACGUUCCCCGUCACUCCCAACAAGUCAGCACCGGCAGAUGUCUCAAAAGUUGCGGUGGACUUGGUGAGCUCUUUCAAUAAGGCUAUCGAGGCUGGUGACUACCAGGCCAUCGCUGAUCUCUUUCUUGACAACGGCUUUUGGCGUGAUCACUUUGCUUUGACGUGGGACUUUCGGACAGCCAAGGGACCCGACGGCAUCCUGAACCUUCUCAAGGAAGCUGCGGGGUCGAGAGACGGGUUUAGGCUCAAGAAGAUUGAAAUCGAUGAUAGCACUGACGUCCGCGCCCCCAAGUUCAAAACUCUGGAUGAAGAGGGUAAAGUCUGGGGGAUCCAGGCAUUCAUUACUCUAGAAACGGCAAUUGGCAAGGGUCGUGGUAUCGCCCGUUUGGUUGAGGUUGAUGGCAAGUGGAGAAUAUUCACGCUCUAUACCAGCCUACGGGAGUUGACCGGCCACGAGGAGGAUAUUUACUCUCGGAGGCCAGUGGGCGUGCAGCACGGAGGCAAGCCUGGACGCAAGAACUGGGCUGAACGAAGGACGCAAGCUGCGGAUUUCAACGACGGUACUGCGCCAGCAGUAUUCAUUCUAGGUGCUGGCCAGGCCGGAUUAACCGCCGCUGCGCGGCUUAAGGCCUUGGGUAUCGAUACCCUAGUCAUCGAUCAAAACGAUCGGGUGGGGGAUAAUUGGAGAAAACGAUACCACCAACUGGUUCUUCACGAUCCAGUAUGGUAUGAUCACCUACCAUACCUGCCCUUCCCACCCCAAUGGCCCAUCUUCACUCCCAAGGACAAGUUGGCGCAAUUCUUCGAAGCGUAUGCGACUCUCCUUGAACUUAACGUCUGGACUCGAACUGAACUCGUGCACGCUCGGUGGGAUGAGGACAAGAAGAACUGGACGGUCAUCGUGCACCGCAGGAAAGAGGACGGCACGAGUGAGGUUCGAACAUUCCACCCCAGGCAUGUCAUCCAGGCCACCGGGCACUCCGGAAAGAAGUAUAUGCCGUCGAUCCCGGGCAUUGAUACCUUUAAGGGCGAUGUCUUGUGCCAUUCAUCCGAGUUCCGUGGAGCUAAAGAAAACAGCCAAGGAAAGAAGGCGGUAGUUGUCGGCUCUUGUAAUUCUGGUCACGACAUCGCGCAGGACUUCCUUGAGAAGGGUUACCACGUCACGAUUGUUCAGCGGUCGACAACACAUGUCGUUUCUUCUUAUGCCAUCACAGAUAUCGCCGACAAGGACACAUAUUCAGAAGAUGCCCCGCCAGUUGAUGACGCUGAUAUUAUAGUUCACGGCAAUCCCAGCUCUGUCUUGAAGGCCCUGAAUGUCACAAUCACCCAAAAGUCUGCGGAGUGCGAUAAGGAAAUCCUGGAAGGUCUUGAAAAGGCUGGCUUCAAGACAGACUCCGGCCCAGACGGUUCGGGAUUGUUCAUCAAGUACUUCCAGCGCGGAGGUGGUUAUUAUAUCGACGUUGGUGCUUCUCGCCUCAUCGCAGAGGGCAAGAUUAAGGUGAAGCAGGGACAGGAGAUUUCGGAGAUUCUUCCGAAUGGGCUACGCUUUGCGGAUGGCUCCGAACUGGAGGCUGACGAGGUUGUCUUUGCUACUGGUUAUCAGAACAUGCGCACGCAGACGCGCUUGACAUUUGGCGAUGAGAUUGCGGAUCGAGUUGGUGAUGUCUGGGGGUUUAAUGAAGAGGGCGAGAUGAGGACGAUUUGGCAGAAGAGUGGACACCCUGGAUUCUGGUUCCAUGGCGGUAAUUUGGCGUUGUGCAGGUAUUUCUCGACCUUCCUGGCUUUGCAGAUCAAGGCGCUGGAGGAAGGUAUUAUGAGCGGCGGGAGACAGUUCCAUAACGACCUUCAAAAUUUCGACUUUGAGCCUGGUUUCGAUAAACUCAACAUGUCUACUGCCGGGACGAAAAAGCUCCGCAUCGGUGUGGAUGUGGGCGGCACAAACACUGACGGCGUUCUUCUCGACCCGACCCAAUCGUCCUCACCUAGCAGGGGGAUUGUCGCGUGGCACAAGUCGCCUACAACUGCCAAUCCCGGGGAUGGCAUCAACAACGCAAUCGUGACCAUGUUCGCUUCGGCGAGCAUCAAGCCCGAGGACGUGGCGAGCGUUGUUAUUGGCACGACGCAGUUCGUUAACGCUGUGGUAGAGCGGGAUCCUCGGCGGUUGUCGCGAGUGGCUGUUCUUCGUCUCUCGGGCCCAUUUGCUAAGCAUGUCCCGCCAUGCGUGGACUGGCCUGACGAUUUGCGCGAGGUUAUACUGGGAUAUCACUCUAGGGUUAAGGGAGGGCUCGAAGUCGACGGGCAACUGAUCUCCAGUAUCGACGAAGCGGAAGUGAAGGAGCAAUGCGCUAUGAUUCGGCAGCUGGAAAUUAACACUAUAGUCGUCAACGGCAUAUUCAGUCCGAUCGACACAGUAGAGAAGCAGGAAGAGAGAGUUGCCGAGAUUAUUCGAGCGGAGGUACCCGGAAGUUACGUCGUGUGCGCUAGAGACGUAGCCAGCCUUGGCUUCGUGGAAAGGGAGAAUGCCGCAAUCUUGAAUGCGUCCAUACUGCCCUUUGCCGCACGCACCAUCCAGUCUUUCCAAAAGCCGGUGAAAGCUCUUGGGCUGCACUGUCCUGUCUUCAUAACGCAGAACGAUGGAAGCAUACUGUCAGGAGAGGUGGUGGCGAAGUUCCCCAUCAAAACCUUCUCUAGCGGACCUACGAACAGCAUGCGUGGAGCCGCCUUCUUAGUACAAGGUGAGGUCGAAGAAGAUGUCAUGGUUGUUGACAUUGGGGGCACAACUACCGAUGCCGGCCUCCUUCUAGCAAGUGGAUUCCCCAGGCAGCAAGCCGCAUAUAGCGAACUUUCCGGAGUGCGAAUGAACUUUCCAUGUCCAGACAUAAAGAGUAUUGGUCUUGGCGGUGGCUCGCUGGUCCGAAAGGGUAAAAGUAUUACCAUUGGCCCUGACAGCGUCGGAUACGCCAUCACAACGCGAGGACUGGCUUUCGGUGGCACAGAGUUGACUUCAACCGACUGUUCCGUUCUUGCAGAUCACUCCAUAGAAGUUGGAGACCGGAAACUGGUCGAAGGCUCUCUCUCAGCCGAGGAACUUGAAGAGUACCUUGCAGUUGUGAAAUUCAAGUUGGAAAGUCUGAUCGCGAGAAUGAAAACUUCUCCGGCGGAUCUCCCGGUUAUCCUAGUUGGAGGCGGCGCAAUAAUCGCUCCAAAGGAACUCUCGGGAGCCAGCAAGGUCUUUACACCGAAGUGGUCUGAAGUUGCAAAUGCUGUUGGGGCAGCCAUAGCCAGAGUGAGCGCGACCGUCGACACAGUGCAAUCCACUGAAUCAAAAUCAGCACGGGAGGUCUUGGAAGAUAUAAAACAGGAAGCUAUGAAGAAGGCUGUCGAGUUUGGUGCGCUGCCAUCGUCAGUUAAGGUGGCCGAAGUGGAAGAGUUGCCGCUGUCGUACGUUGCCCACAAAUCCCGAUUCAUUGUCAAGGCGGCCGGUGAUUUUGAUUUCACACGAACGUUUACCACCACGGAUCAUCUGGAUUUGGCGAUCGACCAGAUCGAAAUCCAGGCCGAUACCGAGAUGCCAUCCGCGAUAUCGAAAGCAAGUCCUACGAGAGACGAGAUUGACUUAUUAAGCUACAAGCCCACUGUCAAGCAAGGAGUAUGGUAUGUCAACGAGACAGACUUGAGCUUCAUCAGCAUCGGCUGUUACAUCCUGGGAACUGGAGGCGGUGGCUCUCCAUAUUCGCAAAUGGUGCUUCUUCGCGAGAAACUUCGAGCCGGUGCAGUGGUAAGGGUUGUGAGCCCAUCAAGCUUACCGGACGAUGCGCUCGUCGGAAGUGGCGGCGGUGCCGGCUCCCCCACUGUUGCAAUCGAAAAGUUAUCGGGGGACGAAAUGAUCGAAUCUCAGCGUGAAUUAUACAAGAUGGUCGGACGGCCGGCAACGCACAUGAUCACUGUUGAAAUCGGAGGUGCUAAUGGCCUUCAGAGCAUGAUCCUUGGCGCGACCACAAAUAUGGACGUACCAGCGGUUGAUGGAGAUUGGAUGGGCCGAGCAUAUCCCACAAAAUGGCAGACGACACCGGUCGUGUUCAAUGAAAGAUCGCCUAUAUGGGCACCUAUAGCAAUGAGCGACGGUAAUGGCAAUAUCAUAACCAUGACCGGAGCCUCUUCAGAUGCUCACGUCGAGCGCAUCAUGCGUGCGGCGCUGAGUGAAAUGGGGUCCCAGGUGGGUUUCGCUGACGCGCCAGUCAGCGGCGCCGAGGUGAAGCGCUGGGUUGUUGAGAAUACCAUCUCCCAGUCUUGGAGGAUCGGCCGGGCCGUCAUGAAAGCAAGGAAGACGAACAAUCUUGACAACGUUGCCGAGACGAUAAUUAAAGAGUGCGGCGGCCAUGAAGGCGCGAGAGUCAUCUGGAAGGGGAAAAUAGUGAGGGUAGAGCGAACGCUGAGAACAGGUCACGUCUAUGGGGAGUGUGUCAUUGAGGGGAUGGGUGGCUCCCAGGAUGCCCAGGCUGGGGUUGGACGUGAGAACAACAAAGGCACCGAGUUCAGUGGGUUCAUCAAGAUACCGUUUAAGAACGAGAACAUUGCUGCUAUAAAAAUUCCACCUGGAGCACAGUCGUCGCUUCAGGACCUAGGCGCUAAAGAACGACAAGAGGACGUCCUCGCCAUAGUACCAGAUCUCAUCUCUGUCAUCGACGCCCAAAACGGUGAGGCUCUUGGUACUCCGGAAUAUCGAUACGGUCAACUGGUGAUUGUUCUAGGGAUCGCAGCUAGCGAUCGAUGGACGUCCACCCCGAGGGGAAUUGCUAUUGGUGGUCCGGAGGCGUUUGGCUUUCAUCACUUGACUUACAAAGCCCUUGGAAAAUUCGCGAAACCCAGGAGCGUUAUUGAAGAGUUUAAUGAGGGAUAA